AAGUUGUGUAUGUGAGAUUCCUAUUCAACUUCCCCUCCACUAUUUGAUUUAUGGUAGACAUUUUUCUAUAAGCUAAUCCAUGUUCUAAAAAUAUUUUAGCCUCCCCUCCUGAAUGUACAGCCAGCAUUUUCUUUCAUCAGCUUGAUACAGUACCAAUUAUUAUCCUAGUAGUGAAAUGUUUCACCAUAUCUUGCCCAGUGAUUAGGUAAAACCAAAACUUAUUAUAAUCCAGAGUCAUCCUCGGGUUCCCCCUGCUAUAUAGCCUCCCUGGAUCUGUGGGUUGCAGUUUGACUGUCCUUUGCUUUAUAUCUAGUAUCCACUUAUGAGUGAGUAUAUACCGUGUUUGUCUUUCUGAGUCUGGGUUACCUCACUCAGGAUGAUAUUUUCUAGUUCCAUCCAUUUGCCUGCAAAUUUCAUGAUGUCACUGUUUUCAUCUGCUGAGUGGUACUCCAUUGUGUAUAUGUACCAUAUUUUCUUAAUUCAUUCUUCAGUGGACAGGCAUCUAGGUUGUUUCCAAAUUCUGGCUAUUACAAAUAAUGUUGUUAUGAACAUAGUUGAGCAUGUAUCUUUGUAGUCUGGCUGGGUCUUGAGGUAGAUUGAUUCCCAAUUUUCUAAGAAACCGCCAUACUGAUUUCCACAGUGGUUGCACAAGUUUGCACUCUCACUAACAGUGGAGGAGAGUUCCCCUUGCUCCACAUCCUCUCCAACAUAAGCUGUCUUCAGUGUUUUUGAUCUUAGCCAUUCUGACAGGUGUAAGGUGGUAUCUCAGAGUCAUUUUGAUUUGCAUUUCUCUGAUGACUAGAGAUGUUGAGCAAUUCCUUAAAUGUCUUUCAGCCAUUUGAGAUUCUUCUUUUGAGAAUUCUGUUUAUCUCUAUAGCCCAUUUUUUAAUUGGAUUGUUCAGUAUUUUGAUGUCUAGUUUCUUGAGUUCUUUAUAUACUUUGGAGAUCAGUCCUCUGUCAGAUGUGGGGUUGAUGAAGGUCUUUUCCCAUUCUGUAGGCUGUCGUUUGGUCUUAUUGACCGUGUCUUUUGCCCUACAAAAGCUUCUCAGUUUCAGGUGAUCCCAUUUAUUAAUUGUUGCUCUCAGUGUCUGUGCUACUGGUGUUAUAUUUAGGAAGUGAUCUCCAGUGACAAUGCGUUCAAGAGUACUUCCUACUUUCUCUUCUAUCAAGUUCAGUGUAACUGGAUUUAUGUUGAGGUCUUUGAUCCCCUUGGAGUUGAGUUUUAUGUAUGGCGACAGAUAUGGAUCUAUUUGUAAUCUUUUACAUGUUGACAUCCAGUUAUGAAGUAGCAAUGAAAUAGUUUUUGGUUGGGGGUCACCUCAAUGUGAGGGACGUUAUUAAAGGGUUGCAGCGUUAGGAAGGUUGAGAACCCCUGGUCUAGGGGAACUCUAUGCUGCUGACAAUGGCAGUGUGGAGCUGUCUGUCCCCUUGCAACCGACAGGAGGACCCUGGUUAUCAUGGAUCUUUCCAGCAAGAGCUAGGCAGAGAUGGGUUAGAGAUAAAGGGUCUUUUGAGUAAGCAGAGAAUAGCCCGUAGAAGCCCAUUGUGGUGAUGCACCCCUGUAAUCCCAGCACUUGGGAGGUAGAGGUAGGAGAAUUAGGAAAUCAAGUCCAGCGUGGUGCUGGUGGCGUGUGUGUGAGAGGUCCACAGUCCCAGAGUGUUUGGCUCGCGGUACUGCCUUUGAAGUAGUGGAUUGCUGGAGCGCCUCAAGGAACUGGGGCUGUCAUUGUGCGCGCGCAUAGGGCAGUUCCACCGGUAGCUAGUGGGCACAGACUGGAGCUCCGGCUGACCACACUACAACGCACAGGAAGCUCCCACGGAGAGCAACCAACCAAAGCCCAGACUCAUCUCAAGUGAGCCUGCAGGCACACGCUUGUAAUCCCAGCUCUGGGGAGGCGGAGGCAUGGGCGUUAUGAAUUCAAGGCCAGCCUGGGCUGCACACUGAACAACCUACAUGAGCCCGUGGCCUCAAAAAAGGAAACCAAAAAAAAAAAAAAGAAUUAAAGCAACGAAAACAAUCUGUCUCAAUGUCAUCACGCUGAGGAAGCCAGCAUGACCCACACCCCCAGAUGCCAGCCGGCAGGAGGUGGAGAGCAGGCUUGCAGGGGCACCUCAGGCUCCCCGCGAGACCCAAGCCAUGCAGGAAGGCUGCGUGCCUCAGUUUCCCGCCCGCGUCUGCGGACGUCCUCUCCAGCAGGAGAGCACUGGGACUGAGCCCACACACGCCAACCUCAGGCCAGGACCCCCAAGCACAGACUCGGCACCUGGAGCAACCCCCCCGCGGUGGGCGGGGCCGGGCUGGGAGCGGCGCGUUGCGUCAUGACGCACGGCGGCGGCGGCGGCGGCGGGGUUUGUGUGCGCGAGCGGCCGCCGAUAAAGGUUGGGUGCCUCGCGCCGGGGGCCGUGGGGAGGGAGCGCGCCCCCGCCCCCUCCCGGGCCGCGGCUCCCGCGGCGCUGUGCCGGGCCCCGCUUCCCGUCGGCCCCCGCGGGAAGGCUCUGGGGUUCUCCUCGACCCCCCCUCCCAGACCGGGGCCACAGGUGUGAUGGCCGGCUCCCACGUGGACAUGGCACCAGCAUCCGCCACGGAGGGAACUGGGGAGAAGCCAGGCCCCCCUGCCCCAGCACCCACCCCUGCUGCCCAGUAUGAGUGCGGGGAGUGCGGCAAGUCGUUCCGGUGGUCAUCUCGGCUCCUGCACCAUCAGCGCACGCACACGGGAGAACGGCCCUAUAAGUGCCCGGACUGCCCCAAAGCCUUCAAGGGUUCCUCAGCUCUCCUCUACCACCAGCGGGGCCACACAGGCGAGCGGCCCUAUCAGUGCCCCGACUGCCCCAAAGCCUUCAAGCGCUCCUCCCUGCUGCAGAUCCACCGCAGCGUGCACACGGGCCUGCGGGCCUUCACCUGCGGCCAGUGUGGCCUGGCUUUCAAGUGGUCAUCCCACUACCAGUACCACCUGCGACAGCACACGGGAGAGCGGCCCUACCCGUGCCCCGACUGCCCCAAGGCUUUCAAGAACUCGUCCAGCUUGCGGCGCCACCGGCACGUGCACACCGGGGAACGCCCUUACACCUGUGGCAUUUGCGGCAAGAGCUUCACACAGAGUACCAAUCUGCGCCAGCACCAGCGGGUGCACACGGGGGAGCGCCCAUUUCGCUGUCCGCUCUGUCCCAAGACCUUCACCCACUCCUCCAAUCUGCUGCUGCACCAUCGCACCCACGGCCCCGCCCCCGGCUCCACCCGGACCCCUGCAGGGGAGACCAGCGGAGCCAGCACCAAGGUCCUGGUCUCUGAUGCCUAUCUGCAGCCCCGCAGCCCGCCUGCACCCCAAGCCCCGCCCCCGCCGCCCCCACCCGUGGUGCCCGAGCUCUUUCUGGCUGCGGCCGAGACCACGGUGGAGCUGGUGUACCGCUGCGAUGGCUGCGAGCAGGGCUUCAGCAGCGAGGAGCUGCUCUUGGAGCACCAGCCAUGCCCGGGUCCCGCCGUGGCUGCCCAGCCCCAGGAUACGCCUGCCGAGCUGCCCCAAGCCGACCCCCCUCUGCCGCAGCCCCCGCCUGCCACCGCGGGCCCCCCCAACUUUGCUUGCCUUCCUUGCGGGAAGUCCUUCCGGACCGUGGCUGGCCUGUCCCGCCACCAGCACAGCCAUGGCGGGGCCAGUGGACAGGCCUUCCGCUGUGGCAGCUGUGAUGGCGCCUUCCCACAGCUGGCUAGCCUGUUGGCUCACCAGCAGUGCCACGUGGAGGAGGCGGCAGCAGGACGCCCGCCCCCUCAGGCGGAGGCUGCCGAGGUCACCUGUCCCCAGGAGCCUCUAGCCCCAGCCACUCCUGCUCCCCCUCCACCCCCACCCGCCCCCGUUUCCGCAGAGCGGCCAUACAAAUGUGCUGAGUGUGGCAAGGCCUUCAAGGGUUCUUCCGGGCUGCGCUACCACUUGCGGGACCACACAGGCGAGCGGCCCUACCAGUGCGGGGAGUGUGGCAAAGCCUUUAAGCGCUCCUCUCUGCUGGCCAUCCACCAGCGCGUGCACACGGGCCUUCGAGCCUUUACCUGUGGCCAGUGUGGCCUCACCUUCAAGUGGUCGUCCCACUACCAGUACCACCUGCGACUGCACUCGGGCGAGCGGCCCUAUGCCUGCAACGAGUGUGGCAAAGCCUUCCGUAACACAUCGUGCCUGCGGCGCCACCGGCACGUGCACACUGGCGAGCGGCCCCACGCCUGUAGCGUGUGUGGCAAGAGCUUCGCACAGACAUCCAACCUGCGGCAGCACCAGCGCGUGCACACGGGCGAGCGACCCUUCCGCUGCCCGCUUUGCCCCAAGACGUUCACGCACUCCUCCAACCUGCUGCUGCACCAGCGCACCCAUUCUGCUGAGCGUCCUUUUGCCUGUCCCAUUUGCGGCCGUGGCUUUGUCAUGGCCGCCUAUCUGCAGCGGCAUCUGAGGACGCACACCCCAGCCACAGCAACUUCGGGCACCAGCGGCCCUGCUGCACCACAGCCCCCUGCCCCACUGGCCGCAGCUCCAACUCCACUGGCUGCCCAAGAUGUCCACGUUCUCCCCCACCUACAGGCCACACUUUCACUUGAAGUAGCUGGGACCACAGCUCAGGCUACGCCCCCGGGCCCAGUCGUCCCCAACUCCCAGACAUUUCUCCUGGUACAGACUGCCCAGGGUCUCCAACUGAUCCCUAGCAGUGUCCAACCCCCUACCCCUCCUCCACCGCCUCCACCUCCCAAGCUCAUUCUGUUGCCUCCUGCCAAUGCUGGGGGUAUGGGCAAUGGUGCUGCAAAGCAGGGCCCUCGGGCCGUGGCGAAAGCGGGACAGGGCACGGGGGUGGUGUGGUUCCCAGGCCCAAGCGGCCUGGGGAUGCAGGGAGGAGGCAACACAGGAGCUAGCGGAGGAGGGCAGAGUCUCAUUGUUCUGCAGAAUGUGGGGAAUGGGGAGACAGGGCCACAGGAAGUGAGUGGGGUUCAGCUUCAGCCCGCACAGGAAGUGGCCACGGUCCAACUCCAGCCUGCACAGGAAGUGACCACGGUCCAGCUCCAACCAGCACAGGAGGUGACUACAGUCCAGCUCCAGCCCCUGACAGGCCAAGUCUCCAAUUCCAGUGGAGGAGCUGUGGCUACAGACACUCCAAACCUGCUGGUGGUUCAGAGUGGCACUGCUGAAGAGCUACUCACCGGCCCUGGGCCUGGGGAGGUGGGGGACAGCGAGGCCAGCGCCAGCAUGGUCCAGGAUGUCGUGUUUGAAACGCUGCAGACAGAGGAGGGACUGCAGAGUGUGUUGGUGCUGAGCGGAGCAGACGGCGAGCAGACCAGGCUGUGUGUGCAGGAGGUGGAGACCCUUUCCCCUGGACUGACAGAGCCAGCUGCCACUGGCCCAUCAGGACAGAAACUCCUCAUCAUUCGGAGCGCUCCAGCUACCGAUGUUCUGGAAAGCAGCGGCGCUGCAGGAGGCGCCACGACGACGACACUGCAGCUCCUGGCCCCACCGGCACCUGGCCCGGUCUCUGCCCCCGUGGGGGUGCCCGUAGCUCCCACCUCCCAGAUGGUACAAGUGGUCCCUGCAGUGGCUGGCCCGGGGGUCAUGGCUCCGCAGAGUUUGCCCUCUAUCCAGAUUGUGCAGACUCUGCCUGCAGUCCAGUUGGUACACACGUUUUGAAGAGACCCACUAGUACCUCUGUCUGCCACAGACGUCCUCCCCACCCCCCCGCAACUAACUGUUUUCCUCAGCUGGGCUGGGGUCAGUUCGGGAGUCAAGGGGACUGCUGGCUGGGCUUGCUAAUAAAGACAGAGUCUCUUC